CCCUCCCCCGCAUCGUCUCCCUUGCCAACCGCCUUUGAUUUUUGCUCCCUCGAGGGGGCUCCGUUCGAGGACUUGUCACCGUGAAGUGCCGCCAUGUCUGACGGGAAAGCAGUGAUCAAGAACGCAGACAUGUCUGAGGACAUGCAGCAGGAUGCGGUUGACUGUGCAACGCAGGCUAUGGAGAAGUACAACAUAGAGAAAGACAUUGCUGCCUAUAUCAAGAAGGAAUUCGACAAGAAAUAUAACCCCACGUGGCAUUGUAUUGUGUGCCGAAAUUUUGGCAGCUACGUCACACAUGAGACAAAGCACUUCAUCUAUUUUUACUUGGGUCAAGUUGCAAUCCUCCUCUUCAAGUCCGGCUAGGUGGCGCAGUGGUGGCGGUGGCUGCGGUGGAGGAGGCGGGCAGCGGUGGUGGCAGGCGGAGCUGGGACUGUUACACGCACUGAAGGCUGGCACCAGGAUUUCCUCUCCAAUGGCUGUGCUACUGCAUGGAUUGUA